UGCCACGGUGUUAGGGUGGAGAGGGCUUCUUCCUCCCGGCGAAGAUGGCGGCUCCCUUAACUCUGGUUUUGAUUGUAGCUGUUACAAUUAGAGCUGUACUCUUCAAUUCGAGUUUGGCCGAGCUUAUAUCGGAGAGAGUGGAAGUUGUAUCUCCUUUAAAUGCCUGGAAAAGAGUUGUGGAAGGCUUGGCCCUGCUGGAUUUGGGAGUGUCGCCCUAUUCCGGGGAUGUGUUUCAUGAAACACCGCUCAUCAUUUAUCUUUUUCACUUCGUCAUUGAUUAUGCAGAUAUCGUGUUCAUGAUAGCAGAUGGCAUUACAGCUGUCGCGUUGUACCUGGCUGUACAGGACUAUAACAAGGGUGUGUUCAGGAAGCAGAAGUACGCUCUGGAGGCUGACCGAUACCCACACGACUGCCUGGAGCUCAUCAGAACCCCUAAAGAGAUGUACUACAUCCCUCUCAAAGUGGCCGUGUUUUACUUGUUGAACCCAUUCACUAUACUUUCCUGUGUGGCCAAGUCUACCUGUGGGCUCAACAACGCGGUCAUCGCUCUCUUCAUCCUGAGCACCAUCAAAGGAAGUGCCUUACUGAGUGCCAUUUUUCUGGCCCUGGCCACGUACCAGUCCAUCUACCCCCUGACGCUGUGCGUGCCAGCGCUGCUCUUCCUGCUUCAGAGGCUGUACAUCCCCGUGAACGUGCGCCGGCCCAGCUUCUGGCUCUUCACCGUGCAGUACGCCGUCAUGUUCCUGGGCAGCCUGUCCGUCAUCGUCUGCCUCUCCUUCUUCCUGCUCAGCUCCUGGGACUUCAUCCCGUCCGUGUACGGCUUCAUCCUGUCGGUGCCGGACCUCACCCCCAACAUCGGCCUGUUCUGGUACUUCUUCGCCGAGAUGUUUGAGCACUUCCGCCUCUUCUUCAUCUGCGUCUUCCAAAUCAACGUCUUCUUCUACACCAUUCCGCUGUCAAUCAAACUCAAGGAGCAUCCAGUCUUUCUCAUAUUCAUGCAGAUUGCCAUCAUCUCCAUCUUUAAGUCCUACCCCACGGUGGGGGACAUCGCCCUCUACAUGGCCUUCCUGCCCGUUUGGAGCCACCUGUACAGAUUUCUGAGGAACAUCUUCCUGGUUUGCUGUGUGCUAUUGGCUUGCUCCGCCCUGUUUCCUGUCCUCUGGCACCUGUGGAUCUACGCUGGCAGCGCCAACUCAAACUUCUACUACGCCAUCACCCUGCUCUUCAACGUUGGCCAGAUACUGCUGGUGUCGGACUACUUCUACGCCUACCUGCGGAGGGAGCACCACCUGGCGCACGGGCUGUACCUGAAACGCAAGGACGGGAGCGAGGCCACGCUGGUGCUCAAGUAGAUCUGGGCGUGGCGGUGGGCGUGGCCAUGGGCGUGGCUCUGACAUCGCCACAGCGCUCGACUCCUCCGGGCUUUCAUUGUAAGAUAUGUCUGUUUGGCUUUGUUCUGCGGAGCUGCUCCUCACAGACCAACGUCUCGGGAUUCUGAGGGCACUCUGGACGGAAGCUGUGAAGUUCAUGAGCCAAGAAGCACUGUAGGACCCAUGCCCUCCUGCAGACUACUGGAGGAUUAUGGGAUUUGUAGUCUUACCCUGUUUUUUUUUUUUUUUUUUUUUUUUUUUGCAUCUUUGCAUCUCCAUUUUUCACUAUGAUUUUGGAAAGGACCAGCAAAUUCUCUCUCUCUCAAAAGGACAAGCAGCCCAACCACAUUGUGUCUCCUUGCUUGUCAGAACACUCCUGCAGUUCAGCCCUGGGCCUGCAGAGGGCAGCAUGUGAAUGUGUGUAGGAAUUCUUUCACUGUGGGUCUUGUGACUCAACAAGUGAAUAAAAUGAAAACUUGGAGGGGGGAUGACAGAAAUGCUUAUAUUUUUGUCUGUGGAAGGAGGAGGUCUGGCUAUCUUAAAGGAGUCUGCCGUGACCUUCUUUUUAUGCUUCUUUGAAUGUCAUCCAUUUACCUGUAAACACAUUUUAGCUUUUCUUUUUUCACAAGUUUCAAUCAUUUUUAUUUGUGAGGGAUUUAUAUUUGUGCAUCUUAUUUACCAACCAUCUUAGGUACUAAUUCACCUUUAACCUUUUACUUAAAAGCAUUUAGGAGUGGUGUGUGUAAUCCAUCCAGAAGUAUAAACAGUAAAACAGAAAAUCAGGGAAGAUAUCCGGUGUAUCAACGAGAGGAUAAGGUGUUUUGCUUUAGGGAAAUAUGUGCAAGCUCAUCCUUCCCCGUUCGUGCGCCAGACAUUGUCUCAUUGUUUUCACUUUCAUAUAUUGAAUGCUUGUGGAGUGACCCAGAUUCAAAGAAUGGCAUUCAUGUAUUAAAGUAGGUCGGUUGGUGGCAAAGCUUGUAUGCUUGGAAGGUGUUUUUGGCUUUAUCAAACACCCCCCCACCCUCCCCAUUUCCCUCCAUCCAAGCUUUGCCUUUGGCCUUCGAUACAGCUCUCUCACGGGCCUCCCGUGUCACAUGAUCGCUCUGUGGCGCCUCGCUCCACAACAUGGCCGCCAGGAUAUGCGUGAAGCCUGGUGCCUGGUGGCUAAAAUGGCCGCGUGUCAGGUGGCAGGUGCGCUUGUAGGAGAAACUGUACAUUUAGGAAUUAACGCCCCCGUCCCGGUCCCUCUUCAGGGCUGGCCGGUGGGUGAUUGGUUGCCCUUGGCUACUGUUUGAUCAGUUAUUUGAUGCAUUGUUUGCAGGUUGCUUGUAUUUUUACAGUAAGGGUGAAUGUCCUCACGUCUGUUAGAGAUAUACCCUUGCAGGGAGCGGAAAUGAAUGACUUCUCAGUCUGAGCAGUCAGUGUGUUGGUGUGUGUGUGGAAGUAAGGAUGCUUAUUGUCUGCUCCCAAUGCACGGAUCCUGCUGUCCCGUUGCUAGGGCUGCACGGUGUAUCGUAUCGAAACCUUUUUAAGCGUAAUAAGAAUAACCGUUGCUAUGGGAAUGUAUAAGCAAUCGUUCAUUUGUUUUUCUUUAAUCAUACCUGAUGUGGUAGCACACGUCCAAGCGUCAGAGGUCAUGUGAAGUGCUUUUGCUGGGAAAGGACUUCAUCAUCGAUAUCUAUUGGGUGCUGAUAAGACAGCCAAUCAGUAGCGAGGUCGUACUGCUUCCGUGUGACCAUGUGAUUUGCUUUUUCAGUCACAUGGAAGCUGCAAGGCCUUGCUUUUCAUUGGCUGUCUUUUCUGCACCAAUCAAUAUCAGCAAUGUUUGUUUAUUUCCCAGAAGCCUUUCACAUGGCCUCUGAUGCUUGAAUGAUUGCUACCACAUCAGGUGUGAUUAAAGAGAAAAGACCAAAGAUUGCCUAUAUGCCCCAUGUUGGCAGUUAUCCUAUUCUGUUUAAGAAGAUCGCGAUUCGAUUUAUCAUGACAGGUGGUAUUAAAUGGAUCUUGUGAUUUUCCAGGGCAUUACAGUUUCCCUAUAUGUUUUCUUUUGUUGGUGUUUCUAAAAGGACAUACUGCACUGAUUAAUAUAUGUAUUUAUCACGGUAUUAUGGGAAAAUACUGGAGGAUUCUUGUUUAUAAGUUGCCUGGCAGCAAAUGAUGUCUGUUUUAGAUAAACAGUGUUUCUGACAUCUCAUUCUUAACUGAAAACCCUUGGAAAAAUGUUGAGGAAAGAAGCUAGUUGGCUCUAGUACUAACAAUGCACUCUUCAGGUAAGUUAUCCUACAGAGCUGUUGUGUAAUGGUUAUCUGAAACUCUUAUUUUGAUGUUUGACUGACAGGACCAUACAGAAAGGCAUUAAUUAUACACAAAAUGAAUGUGACACCGCUUUACAGCAAAUAGUCAGAACAUUAUAUCUUAAUGUUUAUUAAACCACGAGCAAACCAUGACUAAAUCACAGGGUGUGUUAUGAGGGAGUAGGUUUCAUGCAUCUUGUAGUUAUUCACAAGUUGGGAAAAGUCCAGAAGCACGCGGCUGUCGUGUUUCACUCAUACAUGUGGAGACUUUACCUUCAGUGCAGUUGUGGAAUAUGGAAAGAUCCUGGCCUCCGUGGUCAUUCGUAAUAAGGCCCAGUAUCGUUUCCCUGAUGGGAAAUAUCCAGUUGCAUAACUGUGUAAAACCAGCUAUAGCAAACUCCUCACCGAGGCAAAUUAGAAGGUAAGAUUUGUGUCACUUCUGCAUACAAAGUAGAUUUCCAACUAGAGAUGCACAAUAAGAAAAUUCUGGGCCAACUGAUAUUUGUCUGACCAUAUUGGCUGAUGUUGUUACCUCCCCGUUUUACAUUUUGCAUACAAAGUGCAACCUGGUUUCCACAUUCAAGGAAGUAGGUAAUCACAGACAGCAACUUAAGAUGGAGAAAAUAGCAUUUUAUUUGUAUGACAAAAUACUAAAAGCGGUUUACUUUAUUAUUAAGCAGAGAGCAUGAGUCUAGAGAGGUACAGAGUCUCUGUGGAGCUUUGCUUGGGUGUUUGGUGUUUGUAAAAAUGAUAAAUGAAAAAUAAAUAAAAGGUUCAGAUGACUAUGA